UCUCAUUCCAGUUCAGACACAGACAUCGGAACCAGCGUUUGGUACUUUGGAAACAGACUGUCAGCGGACACAGAGAUGAACAUGCCCCAGCAUCUUACCCUCCUGGUGGCCAUCAUUUUGGUGCACGCAGCCGUUGCCUUCCCCACGGACAGAAGAGCAGUGGCUGGCCGGGACAAAAAGGCCGCCUGGGAGGACAUGAACGUGAUGGCCCACGGCCUGCUGCAGCUGGGCCAGGCUCUGAAGGAGCACGUGGACAAGACCAAGGCCCAGAUGAGGGACGUGAACGCCAGGCUGAAGGCCUUCAACUUCACCGUGGCUGAACUGGAGAGGAAGCAACUGGAGCGAGAUGAAGCCUCGCAGGAAAGAAACAAAGGGGUGGAGGAGGAGAGGGAGAAGCCAGUGGCGCGGCCAGCAGAGGAGGCAAGUGGGAGGGCGGAGGAGGUGAAGGCACAGAGCGACGACAUCCACAGCAGGAUGGACAGACUGGAGGAGAAGGUGGAUGCGGUUCUUAAAGGGCCAGCGCUGGUCAGCAACCACAGCAAUCACACAGGAGUCCCAUUUAUACAGAGACUGGUAGCAGCUCAGAACAGACGCAUCGAUCAGCUGGUGGAGAAAAUCAAGCAGCAACAAGAAAAACUGGAAAAGCAGAGCCUGCACCUGCAAACUCUGCAAAUCAAGGUUGCACAAAAGAGAAUAAAAUCACACCGACGCAGAGACGAAGAGACAGCACUGAGGGGAGAACCACAGGAGCCCAGCAGAGACGCAUCAGGUUUGGCCAGAGACUGUCACCAUCUGUUUCUACGGGGAAAGCAAGUCAGCGGCGUCUACAAAAUACAACCGCAGAACUCGCAGCCCUUCAACGUCUUCUGUGAAAUGACUUCAGAAGGCGGAUGGACCGUGAUCCAGAAACGCCACGAUGGAUCCGAGAACUUCAACCAGCUAUGGGAAAGCUAUAAGAAAGGCUUUGGCAACCUGGAAGGUGAGUUUUGGUUGGGCUUGGAAAACAUCCGGGCUCUCUCCAGCCAAGGCCAAUACGUCCUGCAGGUCGAGCUCUCCGAUUGCGCGGGAGAGCAGCAGCACGAGGCCCGAUACCGAUUCCGACUCGAAGGGGAGGAAAAGAAGUUUGCUCUCCACCUGGAGCAGGAGGCUUCAUCUGGGACUCAGGAGAUCAUAACGACGCCCAAAGAAUCCGGUCUUCCCUUUUCCACGGCCGACAGGGACAACGACCUGGCGUCAGACGUAAACUGUGCUGCCCUGCUCUCAGGUGGCUGGUGGUUCAGUGACUGCGGGGGGUCCAACCUCAAUGGGAGAUAUCCCAGAAGGCAGUGCGCACUCAGACGGCAGCAGUCGAGGAGACGAGCGCUGUUCUGGACGUCCACAAGGGGCCGAGACGCCCCUUUGAGCGGUACUCUUCUGAAGAUUGCCCCCGCCACAAUAAAACAAUAAGCACAUCAGUCCGCCUCAGACCGAAGAAGACCAAGGAAAACGUGACUCUGUUUAACACUAAUUGAUGAUCUCUCCACCAAUCAGUGGAUCAUCAGCUAUUUCUAUGCUGUGCCAUACGAUCAAUACGUGUCACAGUGGACACGUUCAGUCAUAUUGACAAUUGUUUGUACCCUUUAUGAGGGCUUCUUGAUUUUAUUUUGUAAUACCUAAUGUAUGGAUUUUAAGUUAGUUCUACUUAAAUAAUAUGCAAUGUAUUAUCUUGGUUAUUUUUAUACUUUAGACAUUUGAUGUUUCAUUUUCAU